AUGCGACACCCAAAAUGUCUGGCUGGACUGAACGUCACCUUCCUCAACGACAGCCCGUUUAGCUCCGCGGUCAUCGACAGCAAGUCCGGGAAGCUUCUGUACUCUAUCUCUACCCAGACUGGCGACACCGCGCGCAACACCACCGUCAGCAAUAGCCAAGGCGAGGUCGUCGCCACACGCGAGCAGAGCUGGUGGCCUGGUGGCCGAGGGUACGACAACGUCAAGGUCCACGGGCAGAGGUGUACCCUUGAGCACUGGCUGCCGAGGAGGAAGAGGGCGUGGGCUUUCACCGCUAGCGUAUGGAUUCUUCCUGAGCCGAAUGGAGAUGUUUACCACUGGCAGAGUCUGGGAGAGGCGUUCAAGCUUCUUACCCGGAGCACUUCCACUGUUCAUGGUCAGCUCGUGAACCCACGAACGAAUGAGAUACUCGCCCAGUCGCAUCCAACCCACCAUUAUGGAGGCACCAAACUUUCCCUCGACGUCAGCCAUGACGUGCUCCACAUGCUUGACACCAUCAUAUUCUCAUUCGUGGUCCUCGAAGGCUCGCGAAUCGCCCCCGUCUGCACAGAGAGCAAGCGCAGAGGCGAAGGCGCACGAUCGUCUCGUACUGACAAGAACGGCCACAGGAGAGCCUUGUCAGAAUUCAACGGGGUGGAACGCGUUGGCACGCUGGACGCGGACACCGGUGUUACGACCCGUACGAUACGAGUUUCCAGCGUUUGA